AUGACACUCCGAACCACAAAAUGCGCCAACUGCAGCGCUGAAGCAACUGUCCAGUGCGGAACCUGCAUGGAAGCCCCCGAGUAUAAACCCGGCGACUCCAUCAACACCUUCUACUGCACCGUCGCCUGUCAAAAAGCAGAUUUCCAGAAUCACAAAACACACUGUCGAAUCCGAGCCCAGCGGAAACGGCUUCUGCGGGCCGCAAUUAUCCUCAAAGCAGCCCUGCUCAUCUACAGCGAGCCAUUCUACGGGAGAACAAUCGUCGCGCUCGACAGGCUGGAUAAAGUCCUAGCUCUCCCUUCCAACGGCGGCGUGGUCUACUAUCCCCCUCUUGAUCCAGCCUCGUUUCUUCCAAAUCCCUCGCCGGCGCAGAGGGAGGCUGUUCUCAUGUACUCUGUAUGCGGCGGGGUGGCCACUCGCUUAGUUUGUCGCUUGAUGCAUAAGCUUCUAGCUAGCCUUCCGUGUGUCGUUAAACAGGUCGAGGUCGUUGUCGAAACGCCAUCGCCCAAAACAAGACUCCUCCACAACCCGCAGCUGGUAGGCCAGGAGCAUACUGUGCUGAAGGUCGAGCUCCUCUUCGGGGGUGGCACAUGGAUCAUUGACCCUGCGGCUGCGCAGUUUGGAGUACCCGAUGUGCUAUUUCCUUAUGAUAAGUAUAUUUCAGACAGAGACGCAGACUUCGUUGGUGAACCGGAGACGUACAAUGUCACCGAGACGGAGGAUAUUGACUACGUGCUGCACGAGCUCACGACGCCGGUGGGGGGCGAUAUGCGAGAUGCGCUAGUAUCGGAGCGUCCGCGACGUGUUCGUCUUGCGUCCUUUGUCAAUACCCAGGUUGGAAAUGAUAUUUUGCUCGGGUCUACUGCUGAGUUUGAGGCGAAGGUGGAAGCUUUCAAGGAGGCGUUGAGGUCGCAUAUGGCUGCUGGGUCGGAGUGA